AUGAAAUUCAAUUCUGCUCUUUUGCUGCUUGCAUUUACGGCUGUGGCCGUGACGUAUCCCGUUGAGGAUAACAGUGUCUCGGAAGUUAAUAAACGUAACGACGUCUACAAGCCAAAUCAUCACGCACCACCAAAGAAGAAGCCAACCUACAAGCGUGAAGAUUACAAACCAAAACCAGAUGAUAAAAAACCAAAGGAAGAUGAUUACAAGCCAAAACCAGAUGAUAAAAAACCAAAGGAAGAUGAUUACAAACCAAAGGAAGAUGAUUACAAACCAAAGGAAGACGAUAAAAAACCAAAACCAGAUGAUAAAAAACCAAAGGAAGAUGAUUAUAAACCAAAACCAGAUGAUUACGAAUCAUCAAAGAAGAAGCCAACCUACAAGCGUAAUGAUUACAAACCAAAACCAGAUGUUUACAAACCAAAGGAAGACGAUAAAAAACCAAAGGAAGACGAUUACAAACCAAAGGAAGACGAUUACAAACCAAAGGAAGACGAUUACAAACCAAAGGAAGACGAUUACAAACCAAAACCAGAUGAUAAAAAACCAAAGGAAGAUGAUUAUAAACCAAAACCAGAUGAUUACGAAUCAAAGAAAAAGCCAACCUACAAGCAUGAUAAAAAACCAAAGGAAGAUGAUUACAAACCAAAGGAAGAUGAUUACGAACCGAAGGAAGAUAUGGAUUACAAACCAAAACCAAAAUACGAAUAA